AUGACGUCGGCCGAGAAACAAAUAUUUCAGAACAGGAGUUGCGGCUAUGACCCGUAUGGAAGCGCAGAAGUGCACAGGGCUUUCGUCUGCUGUCCGGAUUAUGGCGACUUCCUGCCAGACUUCUGCGGACAAGGACCUCCCGUUUAUCGUAUUGCGGCUGGCAAAGAGGCUCAACCCAAUUCGUAUCCCUGGAUGGCCAUGCUACUCUACAAGAAUACUCUGUACUCCGGGCAGAAUCUUGUCCCGAAGUGCGCGGGCUCCCUGAUCACCAAUCGCUAUGUGCUGACCGCAGCCCACUGUGUGCACGUAAGUGGGUUUCAACUCAAGAGUGUGCGACUGGGUGAGCACAAUAUCUCCUCCAAUCCCGACCACAUAAUACAGGAACUGUACGCUCCUCCGCAUCUGGAAAUAAAUGUCGAACAGAUUAUUAAGCAUGAGGAGUUCCACAACGUAGAUAAUAGAAAGUACUAUAACGACAUCGCUCUUUUGCGACUCGAAAUUAUAGUACGGUACACACGUCAAAUCAUACCGAUUUGCAUUUUGACUGGCCAGGAAUCCUUUGAUCCCUAUCCCUUCCUUAUAAACUCCACUUUGCAUAUAGCCGGCUGGGGCUAUUCGCAUAUGCAGGAAUUCAGUAAAAUAUUGUUAGAGGCCAAAAUCAAGAUACGAAACCCAGACGAGUGCUUUAGAAAGUAUCCUUUUUUGGGAUUAAACAAAGAGUCUCAAAUUUGUGCCGGUAAUGAUGGAAAGGACACUUGCGAAGGAGACUCUGGUAGCCCCUUAAUGGCGCCAAUGCGAUGGGGCGAAAAUGAAUUCGUAUACUUAGCGGGUAUCACGUCCUAUGGAGGUAGCUUUGACCGGACAUGCGGAUAUGGACCAGCGGCUUACACAAAAACUUCGAAGUUUCUCGAUUGGAUAAGACGAAAUAUGUUUAAGCUCGAACCAAAUAUCAAUUUCUUUUAA